AACUUAUAUUAUCUCGACCACACCGCCACUCUUAUAUACUCAGUUUCCCCUUCACUCCAUUUCUUUCACUACGAUGAGACUCCUCGGAGCUAGAGACAGAAAGUAAAGAUCGUUUGAAUUUCUUUUUACUUAUUUUGAUCUCCUUUCUUUUUCAGGUUUUGGGGGUGAGAAGACUGCCAAACAGAUGCCUUCUCUUACCCAAGAGCUUGUUUUUUUAAUUUUACAGUUCUUUGACGAGGAAGGUUAUAAAGAAAGUGCUUGCAUGCUUGCACGUGAAAGUGGAUAUUACUUUGACUUGAAGUUUUUUGAGGACCUCGUACUUGAUGGGAAAUGGGAAGAGGUUGAGAGGUAUCUUUCUAGUUUUACAAAGGUUGAUGACAAUAGGUACUCAACCAAGAUCUUUUUUGAGGUCAGGAAGCAGAAUUUCCUUGAGGCAUUGGACAGUCAUAAUCAUCCAAAGGCAUUAAAUAUUCUUAUGAAGGAUUUAAAAGUUUUUGCUCCUGAGAAUGAAGCGCUGUUCAAAGAAAUGACUCAGCUCUUGACAUUAGAUGAUAUAAGAGAACAUCAGUCUCUCUCAAUGUAUGGAGAUGCGAAGUCUGCAAGGAAAAUUAUGAUGUUGGAACUACAGAGGGUAAUUGAGGCGAAUCCUCUUCUGCGUGACAAAUUGAAAUUUCCUAGCAUCAAAAGUCAUAGGCUACGACGUCUCAUCAACCAAAGCCUAAAUUGGCAGCAUAUACAUUGUACAAAUCCUCAGCCAGAUCCUAACAUAAGCACCCUUUUUGAGAAUCAUGUUUGUCAACCGCAAGACUCUCAUUUGUUUUCCCAGCCAAUUGAAACAAAUUCUCUGCCUUCUCAAGCACCAGCAUUGCCAGCUUCAGCUUCCCCAGUUAAUUGGAAUCCUAGUCCGUCGUCAGUAAAUUAUUCUGCAGUUUCUAAUGGGCCAUUCUCUCUUGUUAGUCCAGUAAAUCCAGACCCAACUAAGGAUGACUUGGAGGAUUCUGAGAUUGUCUCUGAGAAAAAACCCUCUGGGUUCAUGGACAGGGUAAAAUCACCUGUCAACUCUCCUGGUUCAAGUCACAGCAGCCUUUUCAACAUUCCCGUUGAUUUGCCCAACACAGUUGUGCAAACAUUAAAUGAGGGGUCAUCUCCUGUGUGCAUGGAUUUUCAUCCUGUUGAGCAUACUUUACUUCUAGUUGGAACCAAUAUAGGGGACAUAGGACUGUGGGAUGUUAAUUCUCGAGAAAAGUUGCUGUCAAGAAAUUUUAAGGUUUGGCAUAUUGGAGCAUGCUCAAUGUUAUUCAAGACGGCUCUAGUUAAAGAUCCAUUUGUGUCUGUUAAUUGUGUUACUUGGAGCUCUGAUGGGGUUUUGUUUGGGGUUGCAUAUUCAAAACAUAUGCUCCAGUUAUAUUCCUACCAUGGUGGCAUUAACAUUCAGCAGAAAUUGGAGAUUGAUGCACACAUUGGAGGUGUAAAUGACCUAGCAUUCUCCAAACCUGAUGGAAAAAAACUUUUGGUCAUAACGUGUGGGGAUGACAAGACAAUUAAGGUGUGGGAUGUGGUGAAUGGAGCCAACAUGUAUACCUUUGAAGGCCAUGAUACUCCUGUUUAUUCUAUUUGCCCUCAUACCAAAGAACGUAUUUCAUUUAUAUUCUCAACAUCAGUGGAUGGCAAGAUAAAAGCAUGGUUAUAUGACAAUUUAGGAGCUAGAAUUAAUUAUGAUGCUCCUGGUCUUGGAUGCACCACAAUGGCUUAUAGUGCUAAUGAUCAAAGGCUUUUUUCUUGUGGAACUACUAAGGAUGGACAAUCAUUCCUUGUUGAAUGGGAUGAAAGUGAAGGUUCUAUAAAAAGAACAUAUCAAGGGCUCCGAAAUGACUCUUUGUCUGUAGUGCGGUUUGAUACGGCCAAGGACCGAUAUUUGGCUGCUGGAGAUGAUCAUGUGAUCAAAAUAUGGGAUAUGGACAAGGUUGAGCUCUUAACAACCAUUGAUGCAGAUGGAGGAUUACCUGCAAACCCACGCAUUCGAUUCAACAAGCAAGGAUCAUUUUUGGCUUGUAUUGCAAAUGAAAACAGAAUAAAGAUCUUGGCAACUGAUAGCGGCCAUCAGUUGAUGCAUACAGCUGACUUUAGUUUGGUUGGUUCUGGUGAUUUAUCUGAUACUUUGAGGAAGCUAGCAAUUAAUCCUAUUUCACCUGUGGCUAGUGCUGGUGUCACAGAUGCUGGUGUUCCAAUUAUUGAGGUCCAAAAGAACUUGAAGAAUGUGAAACUUGAAAUUUCGGGAGAAUCCAGCCAUCAAACUAAGAUUUGGAAGCCCUUAAUUACUAGACCUUCUCAGUUCCAGUCACUGCAGCUCCCUUCUCAUGUGAAAGAGAACAUGAUAUCAAAGCUGAUCUACACCAAUGCAGGUAAUGCCAUUUUGGCAUUAGCAUCAAAUGCCACUCAUCUAUUUUGGAAAUGGCCAAAGACUGACCUGCACUUAAGCGGCAAGGCCACUUGCAAGGUUGUUCCUCAAUUAUGGCAACCAAGGAACUGUUCACGAUUUAUGGUUAAUGACGCUACAGGAAGCAAUCCUCAAGAGGUUGUGUCCUGUUUUGCUUUGUCCAAGAAUGAUUCAUAUCUCAUAUCAGCGUCAGGAGGAAUAAUUUCCCUUUUUAACAUGCUGACAUUUAAGACAAUGAUGACUAUUAUGCCUCCAUCACCUGCAGCAACAUGUCUGGCUUUUUUCCCUCAAGAUAACAAUAUAGUUGCUAUUGGCAUGGAUGAUUUCUCAAUUUUGAUAUACAAUGUCCGUUUCAGUGAGGUUAAAAGCAAGCUUGAGGGGCACCAUAAAAGAAUCAGUGGCCUUGCCUUCUCUAAUGCUCUGGAUAUAAUGGUUUCUUCUGGAGCAGAUGGUCAGAUUAUUGUGUGGAAUGUUGAUGGUUGGGAAAAGCAGAAAUGCAGAUUCUUGCAGUUUCCUGCUCCAGUAGCAUUGACGGACACUUAUGUCCAGUUUCAUCAGGACCAGAUAAACUUCCUUGCUUUUAAUAAGUCUCAUCUGGCAAUAUAUGAAGCCAAGAAAUUGGAAUGUCUGAAGCAGUGGGUAGCAGUAGGUUCAUCAUGUAUUUCCCAAGCAACAUUCUCAUGUGAUAGCCAGAUGGUAUAUGCAAGCUUUGUGGAUGGAACUGUGUCCAUAUUUGAUGCUUCGAAUCUUGGAUUACAUUGUCGCAUUUUACCCUCUGCUUACCUUCCUCCCACUACCAGUAUUGAAGUGUACCCACAUGCUAUAGCUGCAAAUCCAGAGAAACCAACUCAGUUUGCAGUGGGACUAACAGAUGGUGGAGUUCAUGUGUUUGAACCUCAGGAACCUGGUGAUAAUUGGGCUGUGGUGCCACUGCCACCAGAUGAAAAUGAGCCAUCAAAAGUUGAUUGAAGAAACAGUAAAUUGGGAUUGAGCCUUUAUUCAGGUUGCGUAGAUGUAGAAAAUGUAUUUAUGUAUGUCCUGUUUUAAGCAAGUAAAUGCAAAGCUGAGCAAAGGCAAAGACCGAAACGUCAUGUUGGAAUAUGAUCCCCAAUAAGAAAUGCUAAAUAGUUAACCAUGUUUAUAUUUUA